AUGUCCACCAAGACGCUGUACGCGCCGCCUACAUCGUCGGAAUCCGAUAUUCUGGAAGAUGUGUGCAUCCCCGUACAACUCAACUUUGCCAUUCGCCAUGGUACCAGGAACCCUACAAUGAAGGACAUCACACGGAUUAACACUACGCACACUAGAUUAUUAAAAGCUCGUAACGGAGCGUCAAUCACGUGGGUGGAGAGCUGGAUAAAUCCGUUCCCAAUGGAAACACAAGCGUGGCUGGCGGAUCCCGGUGUCCGCGAGCUGAUUGAGAUUGGCCACAGACUACGAGCUCGACUCUCUCCAUUACCGGUAUUUUAUGAUGCUAGUAAGUUCGUUUUCGAGCACACAUGGAAGAUCCGCACUAAGCAGAGUGCAGAGGCCUUUGCGUUCGGGUUCUUCGACGGUCUGCAGCCAGUAUACUACCACAGCCACCCGAUUGGGCAGGACGAAGUACUGCGGUUUUACGAUAAUUGCCCUGUAUUUGAGAUGCAGAUUGACUCGAACAAGAGCUCUACUAUUGAGCAUAGCAAGUAUCGCGACAGUGAUCAGAUGCGCAAGAAUCUGGCAAAAUUCCAGCGUCUGACAGGGUUUGCCGGUGCGACUCAGAAGGAUAUGGAGGCAGCGUACGCUGGCUGUGCAUUUGAUGUGGCGGUGCAAGCUGUGUUCGAUCAGUGGUGCUCGUUCUUUGACGACGAAAUGCUGCUGUCCAUGGAUUACUUUCAAGAUCUCAAGCACUUUUACAGGAAAAGCCACGGCCAUCCACUGUCAUACGAGAUCGCAACGCCACUGCUGCAGGAUAUCUUCCGUACGAUGAAACAGCGAGUGGAUGGCAAGAGCGAUGUUGAAGGAUUUUUUCGCUUUGCACAUGCUGAGACCAUUUUACCGCUGGCUUCGCUCUUGAAUGUUAGCUACUUCGAUCGGCAUGCCAGUGAUCAUGAAGGACACUUCCGUGCAGACACACCGUUGGAGCUGGCACUACAGCGGAAGUUCAAGAGUUCCGAGUUGGCUCCAUUUGCAGCCAAUAUAGGCUUUGUUCUCUAUGAAUGCGCAGAUCCGAAGGAGGAAAGCAAAACGAAAACGACCUUCAAAGUGAAAACAUUGCUUAACGAGCGCGAGGUGGUGUUCAAGGAGUGCAAGGGCCAAGAUCUUUGUCCAUUUGACGUUUUGGAGAACAUUUUCCGUCGGUGGAUUUAUGAGUUCGACUUCCAAAAGCACUGCACGCUUGUAUAA